AUGGCGGGCGUGCUACUAUCCUCCCUGAUAUGGAUCGUGUAUGCCGUCGUGAUUGCAAUCUUGCUUGGAGUGGCAUCAAUUUUUAUCUACAUUUACAAGUCUCCUAGAGAGAGCUCGCGCUUUGUAGUAUUCGUCUGUAUCAUUACCAUCACGUCUCUCCUCGCCACUGUUCUCCUGCAACCGGUGGAUGUCGCUCUCGUCUCAUCGACAAACUCAUCUAAACUCGGUCAACGCAAGAGCUGGGCUUCUCAAGAAGCAGUGGAUAAUAUACUCACCUCGCUCAAGGCAGUGUAUUAUCUGCUCUAUGGCCUAGAUACGGUUCUUUGCUUACUAGUGAUUCCAUUUGCCUAUUUCUGGUACGAGGAAUAUGACGAGGUUGCCACACAAGAGGGCGAACAAACGCCCGGCAAGCGCAUCUGGGCUGCUUUCAAAUAUACAAUAGGGUUCUUGGUAUUUGCAAUCCUUUUGUUCCUUAUUGGCCUUUUUGUGCCCACAUCGUCUGGGUCGGAGCGAGAUCUCGAAUACUUCCGCAGAUUACUGAUGGAGAACCAUGGAGAAAGAACGCUUGCAUUCGCACUUGGAUUUUUAAUCACGAUUGGGACGUUUCUGUAUGUCAUCUACACAUCGACCGGGAUGGCAUUGUUCCACGUCUCUUUGAUCAAGACUGCGCCAUCCAUCCUGAGUCCGGGCAUGGGGUCCAGUGCUUCUUCGCGACUCGAAGCCAACCGCGAACGCCAACGUCAAUUAGACGCCCGAUGUGGCGGCGAUCCAGACCAGCUCUCUUCCAAAGACCGUAGAGAGCUAGAUGUCUUGGUGCGAGAGGAAAGAACCCUUAUCCGAAGGCAGCGACUCAUCGAGGAAACCGAAGACGCGAGGCAAACUUGGUUCGUACGAGCCUGGCACAAAGCCGGGGCAGCCUUGCGCCCAUUCAAACGCAUCAGCGGCGUUUUGCUCUUGCUCACCACCCUCGUUGUCUGGGUUUCGAUGCUUCUCACGGCAAUAGACAAGGCCAGCAACUCGGUUUGCAAACGCAGCUGCGGCUACAUCUUAGGGCAUAUCAAUCUCUUCAACCCCGCGAAUUGGGCCUUUGUCCGCGCCGCAAAGGUCUUUCCGGUCGACUACGCGCUAUUUACAUUCCUCGUGCUGCUCUUCUUCACCGGCUCUGUUGUCGGCAUCGCAGCCGUUGGAAUCCGAGUCUUUUGGAUCAAGAUCUUCCAGAUUCGCAAGGCCCAUACUUCGCCGCAGGCGCUGCUCCUGGCAACUGCAAUGCUAACAAUGAUCACACUGGCUCUAAACUACUCCAUCGCGAUGAUUGUAGCCCCGCAGUACGCAACUUUUGGUCCCCAGACGUUUUGCGACAAGCAGCCUGCGACGUCGUAUUUGACUGCACAGCCGGACUGUUCACACGAUAAAGAUCUUAUCAAGGCCUGCUCCGAGAUUGCUGACAAUCCAGCUGCCAAGGCUAUAUGCACACCUAGCGUCGUCAGUACGUUCUUGAACCGUGUGACCUUGAAUUUCCCGUUUUUUGGUGUUGUGUUUUUCUGGGCCCAGUUUGUGUUUCUAGGUCUUUACUUGGUGGUUGCUGUGAUUGCACUGGUUCGCACACCGAAAUUAAAUGAGCGCCAGCUUGACGAAGACGCCGAAGAGGCCGAGGAAGAAAGCUUGCUGGCGACAUCAGCGCGGCAAGUUAAUAGAGAUUGGCAGGCUGCAGGGGAUGAAAGUUCUGGGGCUUAA